UUUACCAAAACUGCCCCCUCCUUUCUCCUUUCUCCUUCUCCCGAUCCUACACUCUGCACUCUCUCUUUCUCUAUCGCAAAAAACUUCUACACCCCUCUUCCCUCCCGCCGCUGCACCUCUUCCUCCUCCUCUUUUUCGUUUCUCUCCGUCACUCUCAACGCCACACCGCCGUCGCCUUCCAGAUAAACAAAGAAUAUGGAAAAUUGCGAAAAAAAGGCAUUAGUCCUGAGAUGGAGGAAAAGUUAGAUAGGAUGUUUUCGAACACAGUUGCUACCGGUGAACAUGCCUGGGCACCUUCAUCUGGAGUACUACCACCAGAGACAAGAGAGGAAUCCAUAGGACAGAUUGAUUUAGAUGAUGAGGAAGAAAGUGAGACUAUGCAGGAUCUAAGGCAAGCUACUAGGAAGGGAAAAAAAAGAGCGACUAACCAAGGAGAAUUGCAAAAGAAGGUUGAUAAGAAAGGAAAAAAAAUUGGAGGCGCUGCAAAACUUUGUAGUCAAAUUGACCGUCUUGUUGAAGUUUAUGAAACUAGGAGUUCUGCAAACUCAUUGAUGAGGCCGCUAAAUUUAGACAGUAGUAUUGUGGAAGUGAUAGCGUCAGUUGCAAAAUUGCCUGGUUGUGAGCCACCUAGCGAGCUAUGGUUGUUUGCUACAUGUUUAUUUUGUAGUGCAGAGAAGCGAGAGAUGUUUGCCACUAUGAAAGAUCCUGAAGUGCAGCUAACUUGGUUGAAAUAUAUGUUCAACAAAGAACAAUAAGGAGCUAAAACUAUGAAUUAGGACUGUGUGGUUUGUGUUUAUUGAAUGUUGCUUGUACUUUGUGUUUAUUGCAUGUUGGAUUAUGAUUUCUUAUUAAACGUUGGAUUAUUCAUGAA